AUGAAUGAUAUUGUCACAGAAUCCACUGAGAAUGGCUUUGAGAGCGAAGAGAUUUCUAAAAACCUUCCUUAUGUGGCCCCAAUAUCAGGAGGACUGAGAGAAGGCAUGGCCUUGUACUUACAGGGAGUGGUUCCCACCAAUGCUGAUGCAUUUGAAAUCAAUUUCAAGACUGGGCAGUCCAGCAAUGAUGACAUUGCUUUCCACUUCAACCCACGAAUGGACCGGAAGGUGGCAAUGAACAGUCUAAUAAAUGGAAGUUGGGGAACUGAGGAAAGUGUCUCUGACAACCCCUUUAAAAAGGGAGAAUCAUUUGAGAUGUUUACUGUUAUGAAAUCUGAAGGAUAUCAGGUUUAUGUUAAUGGUAAAGAGCUGUACACAUUCAAGCAUCGUAUACCACUGGAAAAAGUGUCAACAUUAAAUUUCAUGGGUGAUGUUGCUGUGAAACUUUCUGGUUUCAUACAAGUAGGUCACUGUUUCUUCAGCUAA